UCAAACACGUGAUUGCUUUUCCGGAAAUUUCUUUAGGAUAUUGUUGGAUUUGAAUUAGAGAGAAAAACGUGCUAGACUUUGAGUGCCAAGUAGUGUAUUUUGUUAAUAUUACUGGGUGAAAACUAUUAUGGAUGACGAAGAGGAGACUUACAGGUUAUGGAAAAUCCGUAAAACGAUAAUGCAGUUAUGCCAUGAUCGAGGAUAUCUGGUGACACAAGAUGAGUUGGACCAAACACUCGAAGAGUUUAAAAGUCAAUUCGGCGAUAAACCAAGUGAGGGUCGCCCACGACGGACAGACCUUACUGUUUUGGUGGCUCACAACGAUGAUCCCACUGAUCAGAUGUUCGUUUUCUUCCCAGAGGAACCUAAAGUUGGAAUCAAGACGAUCAAAAUGUACUGUCAGCGCAUGCAGGAAGAAAACAUUACCAGAGCCAUAAUCGUAGUACAGAUGGGAAUGACGCCUUCGGCGAAACAGUCUCUUGUUGACAUGGCGCCAAAAUACAUCCUGGAGCAGUUUCUCCAACAAGAGCUUCUUAUCAACAUUACAGAGCACGAGCUUGUUCCUGAACACAUAGUCAUGACCAAGGAAGAAGUGACUGAGUUGCUGGCCAGAUAUAAGCUUAAGGAGAGCCAGUUACCCAGGAUUCAGGCAGGUGACCCAGUGGCUAGAUACUUUGGACUGAAAAGAGGACAGGUGGUGAAGAUCAUCAGACCUAGUGAGACUGCUGGCCGGUACAUCACAUACAGACUUGUACAGUAGAAACAAAGGCAUUUGGCAGACUUUCUGAAAAACCUUGAGUGAAGAUUUCACUGAAGUGGACACAUUUCAUACAUGUCAGAACAUCGAGAGAACGUAAUACACUCAGCAGACUUGGCAAAAAUAUGACAACCUUGUUCCCCCCUCUAUUUGAUUACCUGUGAUAAUUCUUGCUAAAUCAAAAGGACAGAGUUGUGUAAAAUGACCAUUUAUUAAAACAUUUUUUACAUA